GUCUGAGACUGUGAAACAAGUCCUAAGUUGGCAUCUUCCUUCACUUCCUACUCUUUGUAUUCUUCUUCUUCAGUAAUUAUGUCUGUCGUUGUUGAUUUCGGAUACCAGCACCUUGCGGAGAGGCUCUCCGUGGGUCUUGCUGUCAUUUUCUUUGCCUAUCUUGUAAAGAUUUUCUCUGCAUUUACCAACCCUUCUAAGACUGCUAAGGUUCCUGAACCUCCUGCAGUUACAGCAACAAUACCUAUCCCUUUCCUAGGACAUACUAUCGGAUUAAUGCGUCAUGGAGCGGAAUAUUUCACGAAACUUUCCAAAUCCGCGCCUGCGCCUAUCAUGAAACUUAUAAUGCCUGGUACUAGUCUUUAUGUUGUUACAGCACCCGAAGCAGUUCAGGCAGCCUAUCGUGACCAAAAAUUGUCACUUCUCAGUCUUUCUCUUAUGUUCCUUCAUCGUGUUGGUGGAUCUACUGCCGACUUUAUGAACCAAUUACUAGGCGAAGCCCGCCUUAGCUUAACCGAAAACUACUGGCAUGAUAUGAACAAGGUCGUUCGUGAUCAGCUUGCUGGUGGUGAGCCUCUCCGACAGAUGAACUCCCGAGUUCUCGAAGGAUUCUUUAACGUCAUCAACGGUGUCAAGUCCGAUGUUGUUGUUGAUGAUUUCUACCAGUGGGUAUGGCGCAGUUUGUUCAAGGCUAAGACCAAUGCCUUGUACGGUGACCACAACCCGUUCAAGAAUGAGACUCUCAUUGAUCAGUACUGGGCUUUUGAAGAGGAUCACCUUAACCUCAUGUUCCGACCCAUGCCCAACAUCUUUGCGAAAGCCGCAUACCAAGGCCGAGCCGCUGUUCUUACUGCCUUCCGUGAAUUCUCUAAAUACUAUUCUACAAGAGACAUGAACGACGACGUCAGCAGCUUGAUUCGAAACCGCACCAUUGUUAACAAGAAAUGGGAUAUUGACCACGAUGGUGUCGCCGCAACUGAACUUUCACUACUCUAUGGUUCCACCGCUAACGCCAUCCCCACAUUUUACUGGAUGCUCAUCUACAUUUUCCAAGAUGCAACUCUACUAGAAGCUCUAAGACAGGAAGUGCGCCCUAUUGUCAGCGUUGGCGAAGACGGUGUAUCCACUGUAGACACAACUCAGCUAUCAACCUGCCCUCUCCUUAAGUCGACAUACCAGGAAACUCUACGCAUGAUUAGCAGACACCCUGGUGCCCGCAUCGUUGAGGAAGACACUACUCUUAGCUUCUCGGUCAACGGCUCAGACAAGAAGACGGUAUACCGCCUAAAGAAGGGUUCCGUAGUCCAAAUGCCUGCUGGUCUUCUACACAGAUCUGAGCAAACCUGGGGUGAUGAUGCCAAUGAAUUCAACGGUUUCAGAUUCCUAGGAGGUACCUCUACUGACAAGGCCACUGAGAAGAUGCGCAAGAACGCGUACAUUCCUUUGGGUGGUGGCAAGCACCUUUGCCCUGGUCGCCAUCUAAGCUACACUGAAAUCCUAGGAUCGGUUGUUGCAUUGAUCACAGGAUUUGAAAUCACCGGUGCUGAAAAUGCCCUCAAAAUACCAAACCAGGUCCACCAAUUUGGCCUCGGAAUUGUCAAGCCUGACACUAAAGAUGAUCUACGAAUACGCAUACGUCCUCGUAACGGUUGGGAGGACAAGACCUGGGACUUUAACGCCUGAUUCCUUUAUUUUGUUUUUUUUUUUUUACUAUAGAUUUGUCACAUUAUCUGUCGGAUGCAUAUUUUCUUGUUUGUCACAGUAUACCCGUUAGUCAUUUGGAACAGGAAAAAAGGGGGAUCAUGCAUGCAUUGGGACUGGAGGGAAGGCCCCGGGACAUUAUUUUUUUUUCUCUAAUGCUGUAUUCAAAAUGUGUUCACUGGAUCACAUCUGUACCCGUAGCUAUGAUGUCGACGUUGUCGCUUCUUUUCUCAGUAUAUUCAACUUUACUCAGCGCGGAGCGCGUAUUUAGAUCGACAUAGCUUUAGCCG